UCCGUACAUUUUGUCUUGCCUUAUUGUUGUUGCUUCCCAGGAAUCGUUGAGAGUAUUGCAACUAACUAGCAAGGGAUGAUUUUUUUUCAAGAAUCAAGCACAAACUGGAAUCAUAGUUAUCAUUUCCAUCUGAGAUAUAUGAUCGACAGUCUCGACUAAAAAGUAACAAGGCGGUUCAUAUCGUAGAGCUUGAACGUCAUCAGCGACACUAGCUAGUAGCGUAUUGUAGCGUGAGUAGGGUAUUAAUAACUAUUUUGUUGGGACAUUUCUGGUGAUUUUUAAUGAGACAACUGCAUAAUAGCGAAUUGAACAUAAUAUACUAAGAAUAUACCUCGAUAACAUCACCAUAAUCGUCAAUGUUUCUUCGGAAGGUUGCGUGGUAGCUAGCAUGAUAGCUAUGUUGCAGGUAACUUGAUUGCUAUCCUGGGUGUGAAUGACUGACUGACGCUUAGUUAUAAGGCCUACAACUUAAUAGAACAUUGCUUACUGUAAAGACGAUUUUGACAAUCCUUCAAGUGCCAUUGCUAAUUAGAUUAAUACAAACAGUUUACGUGCUAGCUAAAUUGUAUUGAAACUCAUUUGCUAACUUUAGUGGAACGAGUUUGUAGCCGGAUAGUUACAUCUAUUUCUACGACAUGGUCGUAGUGCAGCACAGCCCAUUAAGACAUGAAAUUGGUCACCUCUAGAAAUGGACUGUUCUGUGUAAACUGACAGCUGCUUUAUUGCAUUGUGUUAACUGCAGUUUUGCACCAUUCUACAGUUGGAGUUACGUUUGACCUGGAUUGAGAUAACUAACUAGCCACUAUCAAUCGUCCUGCCAGAGAUAAAAUGUCAGAAAACCAGGGCAACGCGAAUAACAACGUCCCGCAAAAUAACAAUGGCGGGGCGAACAGGAUACGAAACCCUAAUAUCAACCAAAACCCACUCAUCAAUGUUCGAGACAGACUUUUCCAUGCCCUAUUCUUCAAGAUGGCAGUUACCUAUGCCAGAUUGUUUCCACCGUCUUUCAGAAGAAUCUUCGAGUUCUUUAUCCUACUAAAGGCACUCUUUAUUCUCUUCAUCUUGGCCUAUAUCCACAUCGCUUUCUCACGCUCGCCUAUCAACUGCCUGGAGCAUGUUCGGGAGAAGUGGCCGCGUGACGGCAUCCUGCGAGUGGAGAUCCAGCGCAACUCGUCGCGUGCGCCCAUCUUCCUGCAGUUCUACGACUCAGACGGUCUCCAGGGCCUGGUCAAGGAGCCUGAGGGGGAGGGAGGAGGGCUGGGCCUGGCCGCGCUCCACCACGAGGAGGAGGAGGAGGAUGAGGAGGAGAUGACCCUGGAGAUGUUUGACAACAGUUCUUUUGAGCUUGACAUCGAGCCGCGGCUGAAGCCCUCGCUGAGUGGUGGGGGACGGGGCCUCAACGACAGCCAGGACCUCUCCUUCAGCCAGGCGCCCACUAAAGGUAUGCAGCCGCUGAGGGAGACAGUCUCCCAGAUUGAGAUGCUAUCUCGAGCAGUCUGGCCUCAGGAGGAUUACAUAGUGGAGUACUCUCUGGAGUACGGCUUCCUCCGCUUGUCCCAGACCACCCGGCAACGCCUCAACAUCCCUGUCAUGGUCGUCACGCUGGACCCCAUGAAGGAUCAGUGCUUUGGGGACAGCUUCAGUCGCCUCCUCCUGGAUGAGUUCCUGGGCUACGAUGACAUCCUGAUGUCUAGUGUCAAGGCCCUGGCAGAGAAUGAGGAGGACAAAGGCUUCCUCAGGAAUGUGGUGUCCGGGGAACACUACCGAUUUGUCAGCAUGUGGAUGGCUCGCACCUCCUACCUGGCUGCCUUUGUCAUCAUGGUAAUAUUCACCCUGUCCGUGUCUAUGCUGCUACGCUACUCCCACCACCAGAUCUUUGUCUUCAUUGUGGACCUUCUGCAGAUGUUGGAGAUGAACAUGACCAUCGCUUUCCCAGCAGCGCCUCUGCUUACCGUGAUCCUGGCUCUCGUGGGCAUGGAGGCCAUCAUGUCUGAGUUCUUCAACGACACCACCACCGCCUUCUACAUCAUCCUCAUCGUGUGGCUGGCCGACCAGUACGACGCCAUCUGCUGCCACACAAACACCAGCAAACGUCAUUGGCUGAGGUUCUUCUAUCUGUAUCACUUUGCGUUCUACGCCUACCACUACCGCUUCAACGGCCAGUACAGCAGCCUGGCUCUGGUCACCUCCUGGCUCUUCAUACAGCACUCAAUGAUCUACUUCUUCCACCACUACGAGCUUCCGGCCAUCCUUCAACAGAUCCGCAUCCAGGAGAUGCUACUGCAGAGCCAGGGGGGCAACCAGACGGCCCUGCAGGACAACCUCAACAACAACAACACCACCACCGCUGCAGCAGCCCUAGCUCGGGGAGGGGAAGCCAACGGCCAGGUCCGACCGCCAGAUGAGCCCCUGGCUUCUUCGGUGGCACAGGCCCAAGGUUCAGCGACCCUGGCUUCCCAGUCAAACGGCCUGGCUGGGAGUGCCACGUUAGAAGGGGCCGUAGGAGAGUUGACAACGGAGCUGGACUGGAUGGCGGAGACGACAGCCAUCAUCACGGAGGCCUUGUCCUCCUCAGCCCCCCAACCUGGGGGGUCUUUGAUGGAGAGCACAGCAGGGGGAUUGCUGGGGGAGGCCAGAGGGGUGGGGAGGGUUGGUGUUCCUGGGGCAGGCCUCAGCGUGGUGGCGGAGAUUCGAAUGGGGGGGAGUGAUGGUGGAGGAGAGAGCACAAGUGGCACCGGUCCCAGCUUGAUGGCAGUGGAAAUCAAAACCUUAGUGGCCUGUAGAGGCAGUGCAGCAGGAUCAGGCCUGCCUCCUCCCUCUCCUCCAAUGGGAGGACUCCAGGAAGCAGAGACUUGCCUCUCUAGUGUCAGGCCGUCCCUUCCUCAACCACCUUCUCCACACACAGACUGCAGUAGGGCAGUGGUUGGGGAGCCAGAAUGCCCCAGGCAAAGCCCCACAGAUUGGGACUCCAAGACAGAGGAAGCCCCCAGCCCCACUCCAUCCUGAGCCCCCACACACACACACACACACACAUGCUCCCAUACGCAGAGGAAACAUAUCUUCUCCCCCUUAAUUCUUCUUCCAACACCGCAAGAUGCCGACAUGGCUUUAUUCCUGUAAUGUCAUUCUUACGACAACCAGGAGAAGAGGGGGAUGGAAAGCUGAGGAAAAGCCCCGCCCCUCAACUUCUCUUCAAAGGUGUGGAAUUGUUUGGAAAUGGCUACCCGGACAUACAUUUUUUUUUUUUUUGGAAAAUGUAUUUGUAAAAUAAUCAAUCCUAUUGCGUUGGUGAUAUACAUUUCCUUGAUGAUUCUGUUGGUUAGGGGGUGUCUCGACGGGCUUUGGAAAUGGCGGUGUAUGUUUCCUUUUGAGAGCACAGUGGACUAUACAGGGCUGCAACACAUGACCUCUUGUCCAUCCAUUCAUUCCAUCUGGUCCUCAAACCCAGAAAAAAGACAACCCCGUGUUUUGAGUUACUCAUUUUUCUUUCAGAACUGUUAAACAGGCUAAUAAAGUUGCUGUGGGUUGUCAUGAUACUUGGUCAAACCCCACUUCUCACAAGCUCUCAACUUUUUCUCCAACUGGCAACUGGCUCCGCAAGCUAGCUCUAUCCCUGACUGGAGCAUCGUGGGAAAUUGAGUUGAUAUCCACUGUUUUUGAGUGUUGAGUAGACGACCUUGUUCGGAUAUUUUGCCAAUCCACUGCUCUUACAAUGCUUGGCAGUUGCUUCCGUACUGCUUGAGCCGCAGAAGAGCUGUCAUGACUGCAGUUUCUUUUGUCUUAACCUCCUUUUUUUUUGAGUGAACCUGCAUCAUUACUUCCCUCUGGGAACUUUUCUGUGUACCGUCAGGACACUAGGCCCAUUUUCUCACCCAUAACUCAUUAUCAGGUUUCAAAUUGCAAUUGCUUCACCGUGCAGAUACAUGAUCAACUGGAAGGCUUGACCAGGCACCUGUUUCAUGUUCUGUAAUGUUAAGUCACUAUACUAACCUCCCUGGGUGCAUGUUUUGUUCAAAUAAUCAAAGCUUGAUAAGGAGUUGGUUAUUUGAAUCAGCUCUGUGGCGCUAGGGCAAAAAACAGAACAUGCCCCCGGGGGCGCCAGGAAGCAGUUUGUGAAACCUUGCCUUACAUCCUGUAUUCCAAAAGAGGAGCAUGUGACCUGGUAACACACAGCUCUUUGCUUCAGACUAGCACAAGACGAUAGCAGGCUAUGUUAAAUAGCUUCAGGGUAAAGCUAUUGUAACCAUGCCAACCAAUCUCCAUUACAUGUGUCAUUGAUCUACCAUUCAGCUGCCAAAAUGGCAAGUUGUGAUGAAAUUGCAUGCCUUGGACGCUCCAAUUUAAUUUGGUAAAGAGCGUCUUUUUUUAUGUUUCUUGUUUUAAAACCUCCUGAUGAUGAAGCUGCUGAAGACUACCUUGGAAACUUUACCAGACUUGUGUGCCCACUUUUUGUUCGUUAGCUCACGAGACUAAACUGGACUUGCCUAGUAAGAUGCGACUGUGAGACAAACUACCGGUCAUCAGAUGGACCUGACAUGCAUCCUGCUUCCCCUUUCUGGAACCUGCUGAACGCCGUUCUAAGAUGGACAGGGUGUAACAAAAGUCCAGAGAAUUAAAAAUUAUAACUCCAAGUAGAAACUGGCAGGGCAGAAUAAACAGGGAAUAAUGACAAAUGUGUUCCAAUGUCUACAUCCUCAUCUGUUGAAACAGAACAACUUCCUGCCCAGUGAGCUUUAUUUUGAUGCCUUAUGAUUCCAAAUGAGAUAUUAUUGGAAGUGCAUGUUGAGACUUCCUUAGCAGUUGAAUUUAAGCAGGUUUUUGGCAUAUAGUGGCCUCUGAUAUGAGGAAAAUGGUUUAUAUUUCAACGGAAUCACGAUAACCAAGGGACAUUUAGCAAAAUGGGUUAGACUUUUCCAUUAGUUCUAUGAAGAUGGGAGUGGGUGGAGGUGUAGUCAUGGCUAUGCAGUGGGCAGAACCAAGGACGUGGUUCUGGUUUGAAAGGUCCAAAUUGUGCAAUAUGACAGGAAGUCAGUUUAAAGAGAAAAGUCUUCAUUGUAGAAGAGGAUACUUUUACAGAUGUGACAAAUAUGCUCUUAUCAAUGACGUUUUAUGAUCAGUUUCUUUCUGUGCCUAUAUGCCGUUCUGUAAGAAAAAACAGGAUGAUUGUAGCAAUGCAACAGUUGCUGUCCAUUUGUAGCUCAUUUUAGGCAAUGUAAAUGAAUCCUUCAAUCUGUGAUGGACUAGAUUCCUUCUCUCAUUCAAAUGUAUUUAACUGUUCAGUAAACUAAGUGCAGAAGAAGCAUUCUUUGCACAAACAAUUGUC